AUGAAGCAAGCCAUGGAGAUGUUGUUAUGUAAGCUAGCUAAAGUCAACUGGACCCAAGUGAGUGUGAUUGUUGGAACAAUUCUGAUAGCGUUUCCCAUCUCGUUUUCGUGGUUUUACGGUAACUUGUCAUCGUACAUAGAUUCCUACUACAUCAAUAAACUCGGAGAAGACGGGCACAGCGUCGGUUCGAUGUGGAUGAUGGCUAUAUUUAGUUUUGGGAUGAACAUGGCCGUCGUGUUCUCGGGCAUGUUGUCUAAGAAAAUCGGGCCAUGGCUUACAGCAGCGGUUGCCAUGGUAGCGUACAACUUUGCUUUAUUCAUGUCAUUUUUCACCAUCCAGCACAGUUUCUGGCUGCUGCACGUGACGCUGGGUGCUCUUGGUGGAAUAAGUACUGGAGCCUGCUACUCUAUGGUACUCUACUUCCCAGUGUUGUGGGCGCCUGAGAAAGUGGCACUUGUCAGUUCUAUAGUUCUUGCCGCUCCUAUUGGCGGCAGCAUAAUUAUCAACCAAGUGAUAACUUUAUACAUCAAUCCUGAGAACGAUGAGCCAAACUUGAGUCUGGGACAGAGUCAUUACUUUAAUCAGGAUGACAUCAUUGAGAGGGUGCCUUAUGUUUUUUUAGUCAUAGGCGGCUUGUCUUCAUCUUUCCACGUCAUAUCGUUGUUGUUGCUGCGAAACCCAGUCUCUCCCAACACAACAACAACCAAACUAAAGGAAGCAAAUCUGGACGAGAAGACGACAUGUGAAGUAAAUUUGAACAAUUACUCGUCGAUAUCACAGGACCAAAGCAAGCCAGACCAGCAGGGUAGUGAUCUGCUUCAGGUAAAACAAGAAACUCACAUAUUUCCAUGGAAGACUUUGAAGUCUGUCAAUUUUUACUUGAUCACAUUUUCCGCCACUUUGAUGAUAGGUGCCUUUAUUGCAGAAAGCAACUAUUAUAAACAGUUUGGGCUAUUGUACAUAACUGACGACCAUUUUUUGACAAAUUUAGGUGUCGCUGUCAGCGUUGUUUCAACAGUGUGUCGCAUCUGUGUUUUUAGUUACGUGCUCGAGAAAUUUAGCUACAACACCGUGUCCAUUUUUGUCACUGCCUCUCAAGCUAUUGUAGUGGUGUUCUGGUAUUUUACUCCCAGAAUCGACAAGUGGUUGUACCUUUUUACCUACAUUUUCAUUCAAGCAAUUCAGAGUGGUUCCAUGAUUUUAUUUCCAUUAAUAACACUUCGAGUUUUUGGUCCUGAAGAUUAUGUGGUCAACUACGGGCUAGUCCUGCUCAUGGGCAGCGUCAUUCUGUUACUGACGCCAUUCUUGAUGCAGCUGAUUCUCCUUAACUUCGGCUGGUUCUGGGUCUUCUUUUCUAUUUCUUUGACAAGCGUGGCAGCACUGGUCAUGUUUAUGUAUCUGCCACAAGAUACAGCACACAGGAAGUAG